UGGCGACACAGAAUAAGUUUAGUUGCUUGCGACACAGAAUGGAGCCCAGAACAGAAAAUGUCUUGUAUCAACCAUUAACAGGAGGUUUUACUGAAAAAUACAGAACUAUGACCCUCAUGCCCCCAUUGUACGCGACACUUUUGCCCCCUUUCGGUCGUUGUUCAGAAAUAUUAUGCUUCCAGCAUGCAUUUAUAUUAUGGCCCUAACAACUAUCUUGACAUAUCUGCAGCCUUUUUUAUGAAGUUUUAAACAGGACCGCUGAUGCGGAAUGAGAAGCAGUGGCCAGAAGUAUUAGGAUUGAGAGGCAAUUGGCACCAUCUGAAUUCGACAUAGCUCAGUAAAUUUACCUCAAAAAUCUGAGAUUUUCAUUUAAAAUAGAAGAAAAAUUUCAUUUAAAAAGAAAAAUUCACUGCAUUUGCUCCGUCGCUGGAAAGCCAAAUCUUCACUGUCGGCGAAGGGGAAAAUACUCCAGUAAAAGCAAAAUGAUUCGGCAAAAACAUAUUUCUACUUAACAAGAUGACAACAAGGCACUCCUAUUUUAUCGAGGUCCGAAUAUCUUCGUUCCUUCUCUAAUGAAAUGAAAGUCAUCUAUAGUUUUAAACUACCGUAUUUUCCUUUCCCCCCUUUCUUUUGCUUUACAGGCACGCUAGAGCCGGGAGGCUUGGGGGUCCGUAGCCCCCAAUUUUUGCUCCAAGAUGACAUCAAGGUUGUUGCAUCAAAAAUAACAGAGCAAACUGUGUUUUGCCAACUCGUCAAAGCCCCAAGUCCCUGCUUUAGUAAUAUUUUCUUAAUUAUAGGCAAUUUUGUUCUGUUACAGUUGAUAAAAAUAUUUCAAAAUUCAAUUUGUGCAAUGUUUAUACUUUUUAUGUACAACACAAAUGUACUAUUUAUCUACUACAAAAGGGCACUGGGUUCGAUAAAUCUUCUGGGCAACAUUUCAUCUACAAUCUUUCAUGUUUUUAUUACUUUUCAAUGUUAAAUGGUGGCUUUGGUUAAAUCAAAUAACAUAUACUGUAUUUUAUUGCGACCUUUAACGUAGAGGUUUGAAUUUGGAUUUGAUGUUCCUGUUUUGCGGGUCGGGUGCCCUGCGGUGGAGAUGAAGACACUUCUAAAGUACAAAGAGCGCCAAAUUGAAUGUUGUUGUUGUAUUGACAAAUUGAACAGGGAAUUGUUUGCUAAGAAGAGCACUUUUGCUUGGAAACGUAAAAUUAUCUGAUUUGUCCAAUGUAGAUUGCAAAGUUUAUGUCAAAUUAGUUAAGAUAUGUCAUCAAUGAGCCAAACUGUAUAAUUGCAAGAGAUAUAUAGCAAUGGAGUUUGCUGUUAUAUCUGGAAGUCAUGGAAACAUAGCCCUGAGUGUGUUUAGUUAGGCCAAGAGAUCAAGAGUCGGUACAACGGCUUUUGGCAUUCACUAUGGAGCAAGCAGAGCAACCAACAUUUGAAACUGAGCGCAUUCAAGAGCUCAAAAACGAGAGAAUCUAUUUACAGAAGAAAAUUUUCACGAAAUGGAUGAAUACAUUUUUACAGGAUGACUUAAAAGUUGAUGACUUGUUUCAAGAUCUCAGUGAUGGGAGAGUCCUCAUUCGAUUGCUAGAAUCAAUUUCUGGUGAAAGAGUUGGCAGGAUAGCAAGAGGAAAACAAAGAAUUCACAAGCUUGAAAAUGUGUCAAAGUCUUUAAUGUUCCUCCAGAAAUCUGUAAAAUUAGAGAGUAUAGGGCCUGAGGAUAUUGUUGAUGGGAAGCAAGAUCUAAUUCUUGGUCUCAUAUGGAUGAUUAUUCUAAGAUUCCAGAUAUCAAAAGUUGAAAAUGAGAGUGGAUCUCAAGAUGCAAAAUCUGCUAAGGAAGCACUUCUUCUCUGGUGCCAGAGGAAAACAAAAGGGUAUACUGGAGUUGAUAUAAAAAAUUUUACAUCGAGCUGGAGGAAUGGUCUUGCUUUCAAUGCCCUCAUUCAUAAGCAUAGGCCUGAUCUACUGAACUUUUCAAAGCUCCAACCACAACAACACAGAUCAAAUUUAGGCACAGCGUUUGAUAUUGCCGAACAAAAGCUUGGUGUGGCAAAAAUCCUUGAUCCUGAAGAUCUAGAUAAUCCCAGGCUGGAUGAAAAAUCAGUGAUGACCUACGUGUCAAUGUUAUACCAAUGUUUUGCAAAAAUGAAACACGAGGAAACUGGUGGGAAAAGAGUUGCCAAGAUCCUCGAUGUUAUCAUAGACAUUGACAAUAUGAAAAAGAAAUACACGAAUUUGGUUCAAGAGCUUCUUGACUGGAUAGCAAUGACAAUAAAGUCUUUGGACGGGAAUGUCCCCAAAACAAAUUCUCUACUGCAGAAAAGCAUGAACGAAUUCAAGGCUCUUCGCUCUGUCGAGAAACCCCAAAAAUACAAGGAGAGAGCAAACAUCGAAGAGCUGUUCUUUGUAAUCCAAACAAAAAGCAAUGCAUACAGACUGCGACCAUACUGUCCUCCAGAUGGUAAAGGUUUAAAGGACAUCAAUAUAGCAUGGCAGCAACUCGAAAAAGGGGAACACCAAAGGGAAAUAAGGUUACGCGAAGAACUUGCGAGGCAGGAGAGACUGUCACAAUUGGUCGAAAGAUUUGAAAAAAAGGCUAGGCUGAGAGAAUCGUGGCUGGAUGACAUGUUAGCUGUGAUUGAAACGGAAGAGAAAUCGAAGUCUUUGCAAGUCUCUGAUGCAAGCGUGAGUCUUAAAAGACACGAAGCAUUGGAAAUUGACGUCAAGGCUAGGGAAAUAAAGAUAAAAUCAGUCAAUGAUAUCUGCGCAAAGUUGUCCAGAGAGAUGUACGAGGGAUUUCAUGAUAUCCAAGGAAGGCAAGACCAGGUUUCCAAGAAAUGGAAGCACUUGUUAGAUCGAUUGCAAAAGCGAAGGGUGUUCUUGGUUACCUUGUGCGAGGUUACGCCCAUUGUUUCUGAAAUUGAGAAACUAUGCUCACAGCUAAAAGAAGCUGAGAUUAAUAUGUCAACUGAAGAGACUCGAAAGGACCAUAAUACAUCGGAUGACCAGUUGCAGAAGCACAAGCUCCUCGAAAGCCAGCUGAAUGCACACGGAGGACAAAUACAACUGAUUACGUCAUCUUGCAAUGAGCUUAUUCAAAAGAAGCAUCCACAUUCAACUUUGCUUCAAGAGAAGUUGCAGCUACUAACAAAGAACUUUGAGGAUGUUGUGCAAUCUUCAAAUUUUCGAAGAAAAAGGCUUGAGGAGUACCGGGAUUUUAAUCUUUUCAAAGAAACUGUGAAGAAAGAAAAUGCUUUUAUCCAAGAAAAAGCCCAGUUAGCUGCCUCGAGAGAAGUAGGCAAAGACCUGGUUUCUCUUACACGAUUGCAAACAAAGUUACAGGGACUAGAAGCUGAAAUAGAUGCCUGUGAGACGAGGUGCGAUGCCGUUUGCCAAGUUGGUUUUAAGAUGAUAUCUGCAAAGAACUCUUCCUCAGACGACAUACAAUCCAUUAUCGAUGGACUGCAAGCAAAUGUUGAAAAUUUGAAAUCGCUGGCGUGGAUAAGAGCGGAGAGAUUGGUGGAAGCCUCGCAAUCUUUUCAGUAUUAUUCGGAUGCUAACGAGGUAGAAUCUUGGAUUGAUGAGCGAAUGCAGUUGCUGGCAAGCGAGGAUUUUGGAAAGGAUAAAGAAACAGCGAAAUCUCUUAUGCAACGCCACAAACAAAUUACAGAAGAAAUAAUCGCAUUUAAUGAAGACAUGGUUAUGCUUCAAGAUGAAUGCAAACAGAUUGAAGAGACAGAUAACAAGACGGAUCAAAACAUUAAAGAGGCUUCACCUAAGCAGAUCCUGUACGAUGAAAUCGAAGUGGAGACUGAAACAGAGGAUGAAGAGCCUGUUGAAAAAGAGGUUGAGCAAAAAGUCAUGAAGGAAUUCCAAAUCCCACAAGUUGUUGCGAAAUAUGCCUACACUGGAGAAGGCCUAUCUAUGAAGAAAGGAGAGAUAUUCUACCUGGCUGCAAAGACAAACAAUGAUUGGUGGAGCGUCAGGCGCGUCAAUAGCAAGGAGAGUGGCUAUAUCCCAGCCGCCUAUGUCGAAGAGAUUGGACCAAAAUUAUUUAGAAAGCCAGUUGUUGAAAAGGUUAAAAUUGUGGAAAACGUUAGGGUUAAGAAAAAGAAGAUGAAACGAGUCAAAGUUGAGAGAAAAACUAAAGAAAAAUUUACCGAUAAAAGAGCCAAAAGAACAUCAUCAAUACUACGGAGAUCGAACAAAAAGAGAGAAAGAAAACCACGUUUCACUCAACAUUUUGACCGGGAGAAUGUUACAACUCGACACCUCGCAAUCGUAAUAGCGUACUCAAAACUUAAGUCAGCUGCUGAGGAGCGAGAUAUUAAGUUACGUGAAGCCCUCGCCUAUUUUGAAUUUCGCUCUAUUCACGGUCAGGUUAUGACCUGGAUUGAAGAUCAAAUUCGUUACUUGGAGAGAUGGACUUCAUUUGGUGAAAACAUCGACUUUGAUACAAUUAAAAAGCUACUGGAGAGAACAAACUGGGAAAUAUCUGCCAAUGAAAAAUUGUACAAAAACGUAGAACAAAAGGGCAGAGAAAUUCUUGAAAAAGAAAGCUUAGAUUACAGAGGCGAUGUCGAGAACAGUCUCUGCACAAUGUUUGAAAGGUACAAAGAAUUAAACAGAAUAAAGACAUAUCGAGAAGAAGAUCUUUUAAAGAGCCACGGAGUUGAAAUGUUUUCAAAGUUGUGUGAUGAAGUAAAAAGCUGGAUCGUCGAAAAAUCUAAUCAACUGACGGACACACCAGUGGGAAACAAUCAGGAAACGAUCCGCACACUGCAAAGAAAGCACCAGAAUUUCGAGCAAGAGAUGUUUGCUAUAAGCGAUAAAAUCAAACAGUUGAAGGCUGAUUCCACCAGUCUGUACAACAUGCAGCCUACAGCUUUGAAGGAGGUCAGGUCAAAGGAAAAAGAUGUCUAUGAAUGUUGGGAAUUGCUUAAGGCAAAAGCUGCUGCUCGUAAAAAUAUGCUACAAGAGGCCUAUGGGUACCAAGGCUUCCUUGCUGACUAUAGAGAGAUGGUUGUUUGGUCAAAAGAUGCAAGCAACCGAUUCUCUCAGAGGGAUCUUCCCAAAGAUUUGUCUGUUGUCGAAGAUCUUCUUAGAGCCCAUAAUGAAGCUCUCAUGGAAACGGAAGGAAAUGUACAAAGGAUCACAGAUUUGAUCAAAAGUGGGCAAGCCCUCAUCUCCAAAAGCGCCACUUCUGAAGAUGUUCAUGGUCUCAUAGAAGAGCUGUUGGUGCAUCAAAAGAAUGUCCCAGAGCUUUGGCAAGCAAGAGAACGUCAGCUUUCUGGCUGCAAAUAUGCAUUGAUGUUUCACAGCGAUGCAGACUCAUUCAUUUCAAAAACAAUCGUCAUUCAAAAAUUGUUGUCCACUGAUGACACUGGGGCCUCAAUGGAAAACGUUACUACAUUGCUUAAGCAGGUUGAAGAAAUAUCGCAAAAAGUAUCGCAGUUGGAAGAAAAGUUGAAGAAGCUAGUAAUUAACGCGGAUGAAAUGAUAGAAACAGGCCAUUUUGAUUCGUCUUUAAUCGCAGCAAAGAAAGAAGAAGCAUUGAGUAGUCUUCAAAAGACACUUAAGUUGUUGAGGGAAAGAAGGAAGAUCUUAGAGCAAUCUCAAGACUUCCAACAAUUCAGAGGGGAUGUUGAAGAAUUUCUUUCAUGGACGGAUGAUAAGCUGGCUUUGGCAAAUGACGAAUCUUACAAAGAUUUGUCUAGUCUUCAAAGCAAGGUUUUAAAACACCAGGCUCUUCAGGCAGAAAUUAUUUCAAAUGCUGUUUCAAAGAAGCGUCUCGAGCAGACUGGCGAGGACAUGAUAGCAGAAAACCAUGUCUCUUCAGAAGAGAUAAAAGAUCUACUGCAAAACCUAGACGAUAACUGGGAUCAGCUUGAUAGAAGCUCACGCGUCAAGCAACAACAUUUAGAGCAAGCAACUACAGCAAGGGCCUUUUCAAGCGCCAUUGACGAUUUCAACAUCUGGUGUGAUCAAAUCAAAGUGCUACUUUCUUCUCAAGAUUUUGGGGAUGAUUUAGCAACUGUUAGAUUUUUGCGGAACAAGCAGCUGUUAUACGAAAAGGACAUCAAGCAACACCAACAAGAUCUGUGUGAACUGGAAAGGCAAGCAGAGAAAAUGCAUGAAAAUGGAAAUUUUCGAUCAAAGGAUGUUUUGAGUCAACUUGAUGCCAUUAAAAAACGAAUGGUUGAAAUUAUCGAUGCCUCUAAAUCAAGAAGCUUGUCACUGGACGAUGCAUACGUAUUGCAGCAAUUCUUAUUUGAAGUGGAUGUGCAGCUUUCGUGGAUCAAUGAUCAUUUGGUGCAGAUCGAAAACUCAGAAUACGGAACUGAUCUCACCGCAACUCAGAGACUUUUAAACAGACAUGAGGCGAUGGAAAACGAGCUGAAAAGUCAUUCUGCCAUCAUUGCGAAGCUAGCUGAAAAAGGAAAUGAGUUGGUAAAAAGUCGGCAAAGCUGCAAGGAGAUUGCCCAGAGAGCCUGUCAAAACCUGGAACAUAGUUUACGGAAAUUGCAGAAGGCAUCUGGUAACAGACAAAGGCGAAUUCUUGAAGACAGAGAUGCAUUCCAGUUUCUGCUCGAUGCAAACGAAAUCGAAAACUGGCUGGAGGAGAAGAAAGUUAAUAUAUCUGGUUUGCAACAGGGAAAAGACUUAGACGCUGCCGAGCGUCAGCUAAGGAAAGCCAACAACCUUAUUGAUGAAUUUAGAAGAAACAAGAAAAACAUAGAAACUUUUCUCGAGAGGGCAACAACAUUUGAUCUUCAAGAUAACCCUAAAAGGGAUCUUGUUAUUGCGAAAUGUCAAAAAAUCGAAAAGGAUGAAAGAGCAUUGUUUGCACUCCUGCAGAAAAAUCAGGCAAAAUUGGAGAAUCUCCAUAAAGUAUACCAAUUUUUCUACGAUGCUGGAAAUGUGAGGGGAUGGCUUUCUGAGAAGCUAAAAGUUGCUGGAGCUGAGGGUUAUGGCAAAGAUUUUGAGCAUUGGCAGGUACUCACCCAGAAGUUUGAUGAUUUUAAAGUCAGCGUUGCUGCUGGUAAAUUUGCAUACGAGUCUGUGAUAAAGCUGGCGGAUGACGUCAUUGCUGCCAAAGGACCCCAUGCUCUAAAUGUAUCGAAUGCCAAAGGCAAGCUAAGUGCAAUGUGGUCUAAGUUGAUGGAAAAGGUGAAGCAGAAAAAUGCCCGGCUUGUGAAGGCUGGAGGGCUCCAUAAAUUCAAUAUGCAAGUCAGUGAUAUUCUGAGUAACCUGAAGGAAAAGGAAAGUACAAUAUCGGUCAUAGAUCUAGGAGAAGAUGUUGCCAGCAGUGAGUCAAAGGUUAGGGCACAUGACACGGCUCUUAUAGCAAUUGAGGCUGUUGGCAAACAAAUCGAGGAGGUUGAGCUUUCUGGAAACGAACUCACGAGGAAUUAUCCAGGCAAAACAGCUGAACAAAUUCAGAUGCACCAAGCCUAUAUAAAAAAGGUGUGGUCAGAUGUUCUUCGUAAAGCUAACAACAAUAAAGGCAAGCUUCACGGAAGCGUCGACUAUCACAGACUCAAUUCGGAGAUUACCAGGUUGCUGUUGUGGUGUCAAGAAGCAGUGGAGAUUUUGAAUGCAAAGGAGUCAUUAGAAACAGUUGAUGAGGUCGAAGAGGCGAUGGAUAGAAUGGACGAUUUAAAGCUAGAAAUUGAUGGCAAAGAAGAGAAAUUUGCAUUUGUCAUUCAAGCUGGGGAGCAAAUGGUGGAGGAAGGACAUUAUGCUACUGAGGAGAUUCAAGAAAAGCUAGAAGAACUACUCACAAGCCACGAGCAAGUGCAUGAUUUAUGGCUGAAAUGCAGACAGCACCUUACUGAGCAGUAUGAUUAUACGAUGUUUUGUCGAGAAGUAACCAGAAUUAAUGGUGUCAUCAACUCCUACAAGAAUUUUCUAAACACAAUUUCAGAUGGACAUACUGGGGCGGGAGCUGAGAUAGAAUCUUUACUAAAGCGUGUUCAGAAAUUGAAGAAUAUGGUGGAUUCCCAUACUGCAAAGAUUACAACUGCACUGGAGCUUGGGGAGCAACUCUUGUCUGACAGGCAUUUUGCCUCAGAUAAAGUGAAAUAUUUGGCUGAAGAUUUGAUGUCCAAUAGAGAUCAGUUUUAUGAAGAGUUAGUGGGCAAGGAAAAGUUUCUAAAAGAUGCCCUAGACCUGGCAAAAUUUCGCCAAGAAAAUCACGAGAUUACUAGCUGGAUUGUUGAGAAAUUAUCUGAUAUAAGGAACCGGAAAGUUGAUGCUUUAAACCUUGGCUUGUAUUCCACCAUCCAUAAAAGUGAUUUGGUUGAACUGAAGUCUCACAACGUCGCAAAGGAGACCCUUCGCAAUAAAGGAGAAGAAAUGGUUGCUUCAGAGCAUUUUUCUUCUGGUGAAGUGGAAGAUUGCCUUUUAGAUCUAUACAGGCAAUUCGAAUUGCUAGAGAAAGAAAUAUAUGAGAUGGGAAAAACAUUGGAGGAUACGAAAUACCUGACAGCUCUGAAGGGAGAUGUUGAUUUUGCAGAAGCACACAUUAUUGAAAAGGAAAGAAAUCUUGCAACAGAUGAAACUGGUGAUGACUACGAUAAAUGUCAAAUCUUGCAAAGACAACUUGAAAACACAACAAAAGAUAUGAAAGCAGAUGAAGGCAGAAUGCAUUCUAUAAACGAGAAGGCCAAGGCAUUAGCGAAAUGUAAACCUUCGGAACUUUGUGAGGAGAUAUCCAUGCAUUUCCGGAUGUUGAACAGUCGAUGGGAAAAUCUAAGGCAGCUGGCUGCCUCGAGAAAAAAUAUGCUCGAUAAAGCUGCUAGGUUUCUUUUGUUCAAGAAAAAUGCUGAAGAAGUUGAAGUCAGAAUGAAUGAAAAGAUAUCUAAGUUGACAAAUUGCUCGAUUGCCGCUGAUCUCAAUGGUGUGCAAAUGCAAAUGCGAAGACAUAUGCAACUUGAAAGUGAUUUAGAGGCCAUUGAGCUCAGUCUUGAAACCCUUGAUUCUGAUGCACGUGACAUUGCAAAGGAAUCCCCAGAAAGCAUGGCUGAAAUCCAAGACAUACAAACAGGCAUUAUUGAAGUUUGGGAAAAUUUGAUCGAACUGAAUGAAAACAGACAAGCAAAUUUACAAGCUGCUGAGCAUCUCUAUCGUUUCCAAACUGACGUAUCUUCGCUCAGUUCAUGGAUGAAAAAGGCCCAUGAGCGGUUGUCAAACAUAUCCCAGUCGAGAAAUGUCAAAGAAACGAAAGGAAUGCUAGACAUGCAUAAGCAGAUUGUAUCUGCUUUGGCCGUUAGGGAGGAGGUGUUCGCUCGAGUUAAGAAAUAUGGCCAAACUCUAGCCGAGGAUGGUAGCCUGGAACCCAGUGACGUGUUUCCAAAGUUGAAACUGCUUGAUGAAGAGAAGGCUCAGCUCCAGCAACUGCUGCAAAAUAAGAAAGUCCAGUUGAAAGAGUCCUUCGAUCUACAGAGGUUUGGUUCUGAACUUGAUCAAAUAGAAAGCUGGCUUGACCGAAGGAAAGAAGCCCUUGACAAUGAAAAUCUUGGUACAGAUCUUGAGGACGUCGAGCGGUUACUGAUACAGCAUGACAAUAUGAAGGGUAUGAUUGGUAAAUUCCAAGAAACAAUUGAUAGUCUGGGAUCAUUCGCAGAUGAAAUGGGGAGAACUGACAGUCAACAGAGCGUAAAAAUGAACCAAAGAUACCAGCAUCUCAGUUCACGAGUCAGCGAUGUCAAGCAGCAUAUUGAUAAUAAAUUGCUCAAGCUAAAAGAUUCUCUGCUUUACUUUAAAUUUCUUGGCAAAACAAAUGAGAUCAUAUUGUGGGCCGAAAAUAAGUUGCAGUAUGCAAAAGACAGUAGUGAAGACAUCUCGGAGAGUCUUCAGAGCACAAAGAAAGUGUUUGAUGGGGUCCUUGCCGAGAUGACGGCCAACAGAAGAAAGAAAGACGAUACAAUAGCCGAGGCCAAUACGCUGGUUAACAGGGUCAUAAGAGUACAAGAUGUCCAGAGUAUCAUGAGUAAUCUUUCUGAUAUAUGGAAUGAAUUAGAGAAGCACUUGGCGAAAAAAGGCAGGUCGCUUGGAGAACGAAUAGCCCUUGAGAAAGUAGAGACGGCACUUCGAGAAGUAAUCGAAUGGUUGGAAAGGAGCGAAACAGCAUUGCAGACUGGAGAUUUGGGGACAAAUCUAGAAUCAUCCACCGUCCUUCAAGCAAAGCAUGGAGAAAUGGAGAAUGAAAUUCUGAAUAAAGAAAAACAAUUGCAGGAAUUGGACCAAAUGAUUGAUAAUAAUAUAGCAAUCAACAAAUCUUUGAGUGAAGGAUUGCGAGGUGAAUACGAUGAUAUAUGUGACAGGUUUGCGGAGUUGCACAACCUUUCAGAGCAAAGAAAGCAAGAUUUAAUCUACUCGGUAGAAUUUCAUUCUUUAAGUCAAGAAGCUGAAGAUGAAAUGUCAUGGAUCAGAGAGAAGGCUGUCCAUCUUGAGUCUCCAAAUUUAGGGGCUGAUUUAACAGACGCCAAACACAUAUUCAAGAAGCACCAGAUGCUAGAAUCUGAAAUUGCAAGUCAUGAGAACAUAGUCUCGAGGCUUCUAAAGAAAUUGGAACAUGUGGUAGCGGAGACAAUUUUUGAGGAAGAGCUCGAAAACGUUGCAAAGGAACUUAGGCAAGAGUGGAUGAAGCUCAAAACACUUGCUCAAGACAAAAACAAGAAAAUUCGUGAAAAUAUUCAUUUUCUAAAGUACAACGCUGAUGUAAAACAGGCUGUCUCCUGGCUAAAGGACCAUUUGCCUGCCCUGAAAAGCAACGAUCUUGGUAAAGACGAAUCCUCUACAACAGCAAUGUUAAGGAAAAUUUCGGUACAGGAGAACAACAUUGAGGCUUUUAGUAAGACAAUCGAGCAGCUGGAAAGUCGCUUGCAUGUUAUGAUGGAAAGCGAGUGGUCUUCUGCUGAUCAAAGAGAAAAGGCUAUAAAGCUUCAGGAAAACCUUAACGCUGAAUACAAAGCAGUAUCAGACCUUUGUGUAUCGCGCAAAACCAGAUUGAAAGAAAGCAUUCAGCUUCAUCGCUUCAAUCGAGUUGUGGGCAUGAUCAAUGCUUGGAUCAACGAAAAGUCUCCCAUCGCAAGUUCCAGCGAUUUUGGUGAAACUCUCAAGCAAACUCUCGUGUUGCUGAAGUCUUUUGAAGAUUUUAUGUCAGAAAUGAAGGGAUAUGAAUUGGAAGUCGCAAAAAUCCAGGACAUGGUUGGCCAUGAUGACUUCAACAGGCAUAGUGACAUAGAUAUCAUUAAAAGCAAGGCCGAACUAGUCAGGACCAAUUUCAUGAACUUGCAAGCUCGUUCUCUCAAUCGGCUAAAGAGACUAAAUAAUACCAAGAAAGUUCACGAAUUCUCGGCAAUGGCCCAGGAAACACUUCAAUGGAUAAACCGGAAAGAAAAUGACAUAAUCAACGUUAAUUGGAGUAGCGGCUUGCUAGCUUUGGCUGAUCUUAGGAAAAAACACGACAGCUUCAUGCUGGAUCUGCAUGCCUUGAAUUCAAAAGUCUCUGAGCUAAAUGAUAGCUAUGCUUCAUUGAAUCUUGAAAUGCCAGACGAAGCAAUUGAUGCUGGCAAAGAGCUGAGUGCAAUUGAAGGCAAAAUGCAGAAUCUUCUGAAGAAAGUUCAGUUAACGUCCGACAAGCUAAGCAAAGCUGAAGAAUUAAAGACCUUUUUACAAGCUUCUGAAGACUUAAGAGUUUGGAUCGGAGACAGGAUGGCUGCAAUUGAAAGCAAUGUAAGAAGUUUGGUGUCAAAAGCAAUGGAUCACGAUGAUGCAUACGUCGCGUACAGGGACCAUUUAACUGAAAGGGAUGCACGACAAUCUAGGUUUGAUAGCCUAAUGAAAGAUGGAAUGAGGAUUAUUGAUACCGUGUUUGAAAUACAGGAGAUUGUGGAGAGUGAGAUUGGGAAACUGCGACAAGAUUGGCAGAAUCUGAAUCUUGAGCUUAAGAGUUUUCAUGAGGAUUUAAAGCACACUGAGCACUCAGAGUCGUUGAAAAACGAUCUAGUUAAUCUAGACAAAUGGAUUGCUGUGACUAGUGAAGGCUUUGAAGAUAUAGAAGGAACUUCCUUGGAUGAUGUUGAGGAACUUCUUCGGAAUCAAGAUGAAUUAGAGAAGUCGAUUGCUGUAAAGGAAGAGCGGUUCCAAAGUACCCUUGGCAAGCUGUCGAAGUAUACGGAGAAAUUUGGAGCCAAAUACGCAAAGAGACAUAGUUUAGACAAAGAGACUCCUAAGUCCAGUUCUGAUCGAGAAAAUGCUAGCAACAAAGAGGAAAGGGAAAAUAGGGAUUUUUCUAGUAAGCACCGCAAAGAAAUUUCAGUGAGCGAUAAGAUUAAAGAAGAAGCAGAUGAUAAAGUAUUUGGAUUUGCUAAAGAAACAAUACAACCUAAACCCGCGAGUAUCGCUACUUAUGCGGAGGUGAGUGCUGAUGAAGCAAGCCAGGGUCCUGCAAAUAAGAGCAGGGGAUUGGAAAAGAGUGACGUCAAAGUCAAAGCUCAAUACAUAGGUAACGCCGCGGAAGAAAAGACGCCAAAACAAGAUGAAGAAACCGGCUUGCUGAGCUUUAAAGAGAACCAAAACACUGAACAUGCUUCUCUUGCGAAUAAUGACUUUAAUCAAAAAUGGGCUGAAGGCAGUUUGAAUAUCAAUGAAGAACAUUUAGGUUCCAGGAAAUCGAAAGAUGAAAAUGAAACGAGCAAGCAGCUUGAAAAUAUGUUCACUGAUCCCAUUCGGAAAGAAUCACAUUCACAGGGCACAAAGACGUCUGCAAGUUCGCAUGAGAACCAACGUUCCAGUGAUAGAGAUCCCAUGGAGGAGAUUAUUACUCCUAUUGAGAUGAAACCGGCAGAAAAUGCUCCUUCCCUUGCUGAAUCAAUUUUGCAGUAUGACGAUUCAAUCAAGGAAACUGACUUAAUAAAAAUUGUGGAUAAUCGAAGGAUCAAUGACAGUCUUUUUGAAUUGGAUAUGAGUAAACAAGUCGAUGAAAAUAUGAAUCAAAACGUCAGUCCAGAAGCUAUCGAAAGCUCCUCCAAUUUCGUAACCGAAUUCAGUGACGAUGAAGAAAAGAUUGAGUUUGUUUUUGAGCAACCAGCUGAAAGCGGCAAUGAAAACUUGUUUUCCUUACUGGCUGAAAUGGAUUACGAUGACGAAGCUUCAGACGGUGGUAGCGAGACACAUUAUGACUUUGUAGAUGACAGUCAAGAUCGCAACAACGAUCUUUUUCAAAAGGAAAUUGAAGAUUUUGCAAAAGAAUUUGCGACCGAAAAGGAUCACAAAGAUUAUGUGAAGCAAGAGGAAGUUAUAAUGGAAAAUCCCACAGAUGGUGUAUUACUCGUCCAAAAUGAAAGUCCAGUUCCAGAUAGAAAGGUUACAGAUAGGUACGAUGAACAGUCUUCUGUUUUACAUGGGAGCAUAGACCCACCGCUCGCAAGUGACCCUUUCGAGUUUGAGAAUGAAAAUGAAUUGUCAACAGCACCAUUCCCAGUUGAUUCAGAGAAUGAACCGACUUCGGAAAGAAUGUUUUUCCCCAACUCUGAUGUGAAUGAGAACCUGAGCAGGUCUGAUGGCCCCCGGUCAAGUGAUUUGAAAGUACCUCGUGUUUUGGAUACCAAAUUAGCCGAAAAGAGCGUACAGUCGAAAUCAGUGAUGGAGGGUUACAAAGUGGGAGCGUCUGAAAAGCAACAUCCAAAAGAUAACGUAAAGACACCCUCUGUUCCAGUCAUAGUGGUCAGUCGUGCUAGCAGAUCAGAGGAUGGACUAACGGGCAGCAGAAAUGAAGGAAAGCUCAAAACCAAUGUAUUUGAUUUUGCAGGUCAUUUAGAAUUUAAGGAAAAAGAAGCAUCAAAGGCUAUGCGAUUAUCAAUGAGGAAAUGGAGAGAAUUUUAUGUUGUUAUAUCUGAGAAUACUUUGAUACUUUAUCAAUCAGAAGCUGUUUUCAAGCAAAGAAAUAACCCUUUAAAAAGUCAUGUCCUUGAAGAUGUUUUGAUAUCUGUAGAACCGACUGCUCCAACGAACGACGAUUUGUUACGGCUUCAGUUUGCAGAUAAAACGAACUAUCUAGUUAGAUCAGCUGACAAAGAAGUUCUGGAUGACUUUUUAAUGGCUGUAACGGAAUGCACUCAAAUGAACAGCAAAGAAGAUACAGUAAGUCUACCUCCCGCACCCCCACCCCCACAGUUACCUAUAGAUGCCGCGGAAAUCAGGAAAGUGACGUCACAGCCACCACAGUUACCCAAGGAUGUCGCGGAAUUCAAUGAAAUGGCGUCGCAGCCAGUUCUACAAGCUUAUCAUGAGCAGAAAACUAGCAGAUCAAAUAUUGAAAGGGCAGCCUCUGGUCCUACAGGGCUUGGAAAUACCAAGACAGAUGUUCAAGAGCACUUCACUGUAGAUGCUCAGGCCAAGAAAACUCAGCAAGACUACCCGAGCAAUCACAAUGGCAGUGCAAAUUUCCAGAGCCGGGAACCCGAAUUACAAAUUUUCGAACAGAUCGUUGUUCCUGAUCCAGUAUUAAGCUCCGAUGAGUCCGACGAGUUUGAUGACGUAAUUCCACCACCCGCACCAGUUCUUUCUAUACCAAGUACGGCUCGACCUGAUUCACGAAAAAUGUCUCUUGGAAUUCUAGAAAUUGUUGGAAGAAGUACUGCUUUCUCGGACAAUAGUUCUGACGACGAAGAUGACAGAGAGUCAAGAGAGUCGAGUACAUUCGACCCCGACUUGCUUGACAAAAAAGACGUCGUCAAGGAAGAGAGGCCCCCGAGAAAGAUCAGCAACAUGAACAAAUGGUUUUCCAGAGCAGAGGAGUCAUUUGCAGACGAGACAACCCCUAUCACCCCUUUUGGCGAGGAUACGGAUCCUAUUGAAUUUGAGAACGAAUUUACAACUGGAGAUCUCAGUGAGGCACUUGGAUAUAGGCCCAAAAUUGAUGAUUCGGAUAGAAAAGAAGAGAACGGUCACAAACAAACUCCAAGUAACGAACGCCCAGAUACAUUAAAUUUGCCAUCAGCACAGUCCAGUCACCAGAAAGGAACCUUUGAUAAAUCACCUUCAUCUCCAGGCAAAGAACUCAAAAAGAAAGGUUUUCUUGGUGGAAUUUUCAAGAAGAGAAAGUGACAUGUUUUUUAAAUGUACAAUACAUUAAGGACAUUUGUCCAUAAGGAAGGGUGCAACCGGGGUAUUUUAUAGGGGGUUUUAAACGUCCUCUCGAGGUCCUAAUAACGGGUCUGGCAAGUGUACUCAACUUGUUUCCAUUUUUUUACAGAAUACGAACCAAAUGCAUUUAAUAUUUAGGAAUAACAAUUUUCUGAUGUUUUGAAGGAAUGAUAAUGAAUGUUUGCAGGGCAAUCAAUUUUCUCUAUCAAGAUUGCAUAUUGCAUCUUUUAGUGGCGCGUUCGAAAAAGAUGUGUUUUACAAUCAAACUUCAUCACAGAGAUCUUGAUACCUCGUUUCCUUGCAAUGCAUUCCUUUUAAUGUCCUCCAUCAUCCAGGCUUUCUGAUCUGGGCUGCAUCGCCGUUGAGAGUGAGUUGCAGAAACAUGGUCAGACAAUAAAAGUACUAGUUUCGUGAAGUCAAUAUCAAUAUUUAGUUUAGGUUUGAAAAGUUUUAGAAGCUAGAGAGUUGCAACAAUGCAUUUAAGAGGUAAGAAAAAACUGUUCAGGGAAUGGGUCAGAAAAAGUAAGACAAAGGAAUGGGUCAAUAGUUGUUUCAUGAUUUUAAGUUUACUUCCCGUUUUAAGUUGCAGAACUAAUUUUUGGUUCGUUUUGGUUUUUUUAAAGCCCCCUUAGAUAAAGAACCAAAAUUAAUGAAAUGAGCUGAACCUGGAGAAUGUUUUCAAACAAAUGGGAGAAAUUUUGGGUUGUUCAAUCUGUAUGUACUUAUUUUUUCUUAUUUCUGGUUCAUUUUUCCAAAACACCGCAAGCACUUUUAUACAGCACUCAAAUGAUUUUUAGAUUAAAAAUUUGUUUUUUAGAAAGUAGUAGACUUUGCAUAGCCUGAUUCAUAUUUGAUGUAAAUAUUUUAUCAAAAUAAGAUGUAAUUUAUAAUAAUUCUAUUUUAUAGUACA